GCUUUGAGUUUACAUAAAAUAUUGUUGUUCAGUAAUUUGAAAGUGUUCCUUCAAGACGUUGAAAUCGAAAAUCUGGAGAAUAACAUCAAAACAAGGACUUACAAUAAAAUAAUCUGACUCCUUAAAUUCGAUAGAAGACUAAGAAUGCAACGGGUUUUGCUUCUCUCCAUUCUGGCUACAACGCUUUUUGUUGUCAACGGCCAACAGAAGAUAUGUGUAUCAAUGGUAAUGAAUUUGAAUCUCGAUCCUGGACAUGAUAUAUCAAUGCAACCUGGAACUGCUUCGUGGGAAGCCUGUUGUGAGAUUUGUAAAGCUACUCCGACAUGUCAAGGCUUUGUAUACAAUAACUUGAAGGCCUGUUGGCUGAAAUAUACACAGGGACCUUUUAAGCCUGACCUUCCAAAAUGGCAAACUCAUGCUGGGUUAGUUGUAGCAGUACCUGGCGGACCGGUUGUUAAUCCUACUCCGACACCAACUCCAAAACCGCUUGUUUGUCUAAAUCCAGUUGAACAAGCAGAAGCCGUAAAACUUGCCGAUAGUAUCGCAGCCUUAGUCGACGCGGCUAUAACAAUUGGUGCUGUCGGCUUCAAUGAUCCUGCUAAGAGGCAACAAUAUUUGGAUGUUAAAAGUAGAGUAUUUGCAGCGCUGCAAAAUGGAUGGGCUGCCCCGGGUGUUUGCGAUGCGAUUGCUAAUUCAACCGCUGAUCCCUUGACUGAAAUCCCUGAUGUUGGAGCAUUCGUUUCUGGUAUGGUAAAGACAGGGGUGAAGAAGGUAUGCGAGAAACGGAAAUCAGAGCUUGGAUGUUAAUAACAUCCUAUUUUUAGGAAUUUUAUAGCAAGAAAUUCUUAAAAUUACAAUCGAAGAUUCCUAAGAUUGUGCAAAUAUUUCGUUUCGGGGUUAUCUACCAGCUGGUCCACAAAAUCACAUUCAUUUGUUCGAGGUUUUAUCGUUUGAAGUAUUAGAUUUAAAUUUUGAGUUGCGCGAGCAUUGAUUCAUGUGUAUUCCAAAUCAAGUCCUUCAAAUAAUAAUCUUUUGGCAAAUGAAUUGUGUACCAGCUAGUGGCCGAAGCGAAAUUUGAACAAUCUUAGUAAUCUUCGAUUGAAUUAAAAAUUAUCUUUUUUGUAUUUUUACCUCAAAUUCAAAUAUGAAAAAUUUUAAUGGACAAGUUUGUAAACCGUUUAUUAAAAAACGAAGAAAUAAAAGUAAUAAAUGGAUUUUCAAAAAUUCA